UAUCUUUCAAAAAGCCAUUAUCGUUAGCCAGAUUUUCACAAAAUAAGAUAUGAAAACCCAAAGCAAGCAGUUUAGUAUAUAAAAACAGCAUCCGACUGGUAGCUGGCAGAUUUGCAGUAGUCUGAUUUUCGAUUCAUUUCAACUUUCUUUUCUGGAACAAUUUUACAUUUGGACCCAACCAGUAAUUUCGUGGAUAUUCUGCCUCGAAAAUGGAGAACUCAUGUUGUGGAUUGUUUGUUGUCGAAUCGAAUAAACCGAUUCCGCUGACCGCUAUUGAUUACGAUGUCGAUGUGAAAGGAUUUGCCGGUUCAUUCACUAUUAACCAGACAUUCCAGAACGUCGAAUCUACGGAUCUGGAAAGCGUGUACGGAUUCCCGAUGAACGACCAAGCAGCUGUCACGGGUUUCACCGUGAAGAUCGACGACCGCACACUGAGCAGUCAGUUCAAGAAGAAGGACGAAGCCUUCAAGGAAUACAACGCCGCGCUGCAGCGCGGAGCCGGCGCGUAUCUUCUGGACCAGGCGGAUCGCAGCGACGACACCUUCGUGCUGAGUGUGGGCAGACUGCCGCCCGGGAAGGAGUGCGUGGUCAGCAUCAACUACGUCUGCACACUGGACAGCGUCAGCGAGACGAAGCAGCGACUGCUCAUUCCCAUGGCGCUCUUCCCGAGAUACAAUCCCAGUCCGGAACGCACGGUUGGGACAACGGCGCCACCGGAGAGGUAUGCUGCAACGGUGACGUAUAAAGCGACGCUGGAUGCCAAAAUUGAAACGCUGGAUAAAGUGAAAUCCGUGUCGUCAGUGUCGCACCCGAUUGCUGUCAGCAUAACUGGAGACAGUUUCGUUCAGGUCACUUUCGGCGCCCAGCAGCAACCAGUUGACCGCGAUCUGGUAAUCGACAUUGAGAUCCAGAAAAUCCAGGGUGUUCUCGUUCGGCAUCGGUGGCAGCUGCAGUCGCUCAUUGGUCAACGGAAUCGCGUUGGUCGGCAACGGAAAAUCAGAGUACUGUAAACACGGUGAAAUACUAGAAGACAAAAUCGGCCGCCAUCUGGAGCGAGCGUUGCAGCCUGCCGUUGUACAAGCGAGUGUUUUGUGGGAAGGAGUUAAAAACGUGCAAAAAGUGCCGUACGUGUUACCGCCCGUAUUCCGCGGUGACCGGCAAAUUGCUUAUGCGUUCUUCGAAAUUGGAGAGACAGGUCAGACUCCCAAAGUCGUUUUGCAGCUGAAAGACAAGUUGAAGAAAGAAACAGAUUUUGCAUAUCCCAUCAGCUCCGAAAAAAUUCAAGGCAUUUCGAAUUGGCAGCGAGAGCUUUAAUUAAGUAUUUGGAAACCGCUCCAACCGGAACAGCUUUUCUCGGUAGUAGUGGAUCGUUACCAAAGCGAAAUGCGGAUUUGUCUGAU